GAAAAUAUUAUAAUUGUGAACACUAACCAAUGAGCAUUGUCAUUUCAUAUAAAUAUUAUAGGUAAUACAUAGGUUAUAGACUGUUUUUCUUAUACUCUGUUUCUAAUUAAAUUAAAGGAUUUUAAAUUAAAUGGUUUUAUUUUGAAGUGCAUACCGGAAGUGUUACAGUAUAUCAUGUUUAUUACGCAGCCGGGGAUAACGUGCACAAACUAAAUUACAGUAGUGAAUGUAUAGCAUCAACCAACAGAAAAUAAAAGCGGCUCCAAAAUGUGAAUAAAAAACUAAGUAAAUACAAUGAGAUACAUACACCAUUAUCUUUGUAUCAAAUGAGUACACAUUUAAAUUGUUUAUGUAAGUAGAGAAGUCUCAUCAAGCUUAGAACGAUACUAAUUUUAACUUAAAGAAGGUCUAUGAAAUUCUACAAUAGGUCUUGUAUAACUGAAUAAUAGAUAGACUCGUCUUGUGAGACAUGGGUGUUAGAUCUGUUUUUGUAAGUCGGUGGAUUUGUAAGUCAUUUCCAUAAGAUGCUACCUCAGAAACUCUGCCAAGAACACUAUGGUUUUACAAGACAAAUUGACAUACACCCUGUUCUCACACAGAAACCAGGUGAUUCACUGCUUCGAUUCACGAUAAACACAAUUGAUUGUGUGUGAUUCUUUGAUCAGACGAAUUGAACAGACACAUUAAGAGCAGGGUAAUGGGAACCAUUGACUUUUGUAUGUUGUAUUACUUAAUCGCUUUAAAUUCAUAGUACAUGAACAAAUCCAUAAGCCAACUAAUUAUUCAGCAAAUAAAGUAAAAAUUAUUGACUUUUAUUUCAUGAAUGUUUUAUCAAUGUGGUUAUACACAUUUUAAUUUUGUAAAACUCAAUCGCUUCUACUCGUGUACAUUUCACCGAAACUACUACUUCAUGUUCUUGGAACUCCUCCAGAAACUGCAUUACACUUCAAGUUUUUCUAUUUCAAAUAAAUGAAUUUGCAUUCAUGUUUGCAUUGAUGCCAAACGUUGUAAAAACAGUUUUCGCAUGUUGUGCAAAUCUGAAAUAUGUACAUAUACAGUAGGUAGCACAGAGCGUCAUGAGUCAUAUUUCACAGAGUGGGACCUGUCACGAUGACCUGCUGUGGGUUUCUACUGCUUCUUGGUGAGUUAAUUUCUGUUUCAUAUAACUGACUGAACAUAAAAAUGAAUUGUUACAUCACUAGAAGCCAGAAAACAAUUGUAUGGUAAUUACAAACAUUUAUUCACCAAUUUUCCUGGUGUUUGUAGGUUCACUCUUCUUCUGUGGACUCUGUGAUUUUCCUCCCGGCUCCUGUGAUGGAUACACAAACAUAGAUGAACCAUGGCGCAACUUUUUAUUUCGAUCGUCCUCCUUCCCCGGGUACCCGAAGAACGACGGCGGCCUCGUCGGGAACUGGUUGCGCUUCUCAGGGAUCGGAGGGGACACGGUUGUCCCAACCUGCUACACGGGCCCCGUCGGCGGCGCCCAGUACGCCAUCCACGUCCCGCUUACGUAUCCAACCGUCGAGAAUCAAACCGUGACUGGAACGGCGUAUGGGGAUGUUGGAGCCUGUAAUUAUUAUAGUAUCAAAAUGAACGUGAUUCUCUGUCCAGGAUCAUUCUACAUAUACAACGCAUCAAAUCACCCAUAUACCAAUAUGGGUUACGUGACGUAUCACCUUCAUUGUGGCCCUAACUCCUGUGGACCUCUUGCUCAGUGUGACACCAGUGGAGGCUGUGCUUGCGUUGCUGGAUAUCAAAUGCCCCAAAAGGCACUUCCCACGCCACAGUCAUAUGGUUGCACUGACAUAGAUGAGUGUGUGACGACUCCUGGUAUCUGCGGUACUUACGAAAACUGCGUCAACACCAUUGGAUCAUACACCUGCAGUUGUCAGACUGGAUUUAUUGCAACUAACCCAAAAUUACCAUCUGGACCGAGCAACGCCUGUAUAGAUGUUGACGAGUGUCUCGCAAGCAUUUGUGGUCCGGGGACUUGUACCAACACCAUAGGAAGCUUUCUGUGUAACUGCGACGUCGGCUACUACUUUUCACACAGCGCAGUGCCGGCCUGUCAAGACAUCGAUGAGUGUCUCAACGCCACCAUCUGUGGACCUUACUCUGCCUGCACCAACACUGCUGGAUCCUUCUACUGUUUGUGUCUGUCGGGGUUCGAGCCAACCACAGCGGCCCUGGCGCCCGGCCUGAGCAACGUCUGCAUUGAUAUUAUUGAAUGUGUCCAGUACAAUGACAUUUGUGGUCCCAACUCCAACUGCACAAAUUAUAUUGGAUCUUACAACUGUACCUGCGAUCACGGCUACCGGGUCUGGGUACCAGACGUCAUAUCCAGCGCUAACAAUCCCUGUAAAGAUAUAGACGAGUGCACUGAGACACCAGGGAUUUGUGGUCUGAACACCAUAUGCACCAACGUACCGGGGACCUACUACUGCUCCUGUCCCGGCGGAUACUAUCCUUCCACUGGAAUCCUGUGGACUGUGGGAGUCACCUAUUGUCAAAAUCUUCGGAGUGUUCUAGAUGAUAUAACCCCCCCACAAGGAGAAACCAAACAGAGCGUCUUUCUUGGCAACAUGGAGGGACAGCUGAUAAACAACUCAAACAUCCAGUUACCAGGAGCGACAGUUGUGAACAGCUUGUCAGCGUCUCUGUCGGCGGUAGGUGUUGGACCAUAUGCCACAUCAUCCGAUGUGAGUAGUGCAGGAGACGGGCAGACGGGCAGCCAGAUCCUGGGCCUCGCGGGCCGUUUGGUGUCUAUGAUGCUGCAACCGGGUCAGAACCAAACCAAGACAACUGUGUCGUGUUCAACAGUGGAAUUAAGUCUCAGGACAAUCAAACCCGGAAGCCACAAUGACUACGGAAAUAAUCUCACGGCUAAUGACAACAUCAUGGAGAUCAACAUGAAAAGCCUGGCCAAGAACAACAACGGUUCUGCAUCAGUCGCCUUCAUGACUCUGACAGGGAUGGAGUCUCUCCUCAGCCACCAGUACUUUGUAACAGAAAACAUCACGGAGAUGUACUCGGACAUCAUCACCGCAGUGUUGCCCUCGGUGAACAACACCAACCUGACGGAGCCUGUCAACUUCACCAUCCAGCAUAAGAAGACACAAACGGACGGUGACGGGAUGGUGACCUGCGUCUACUGGAAGGACAACACGGAGACGGAUCCGAGCGACAACGCCAUGGCGUGGUCGGUGGAUGGGUGCUGGGUUUCAUUCACCAACGACAACUACACCGUGUGCAGCUGCUCUCACCUCUCCACCUUCGCCCUCAUCCUGCAGAUAGCAGAGCCUCAGCCGGCGGAUAACUUCUUGGACCUGCUGAACCAGAUGUGCGUGAUCGUUGGGCUCUUCUUUUUCGGGCUCUCUAUUCUCACCUUCCUCCUGUGCAGCUGGAACCCGAAGAUCAACAACACGGCCCGCCUCCACCUCUGCAUCACAACGGCCUCGUAUCAGCUGCUGAUGCUGUGGGACAGCAAAUACGUGGACCAGCCGCUGGCCUGUAAGGUCCUGGCCGGGCUCCUUCACUUCUUGAUCACCGCCAGCUUUGUGUGGAUGCUGCUGGAGGCGCUGCAGCUUUACCUCUUGGUCCGACGCCUCUCCAAGGUGCAGGUGAUUCAGCGCGACGGGCUGCCCCGGCCCCUGCUGUACAUGGUCGGCUACGGGGUUCCGUUUGUGGUCGUGGGCGUGUCGGCGCUGGUGUAUUCUGACGGAUACGGCGCGACGGCGGCUAAAGCGUGCUGGCUGACAACCAACCGCAACUUCAACUGGGCCGUGACUGGGCCGGUGAUCGCCGUCCUAGGAAUGAACUGCGUCUUGUUCGGUUCCACUUUAUGGAGUCUGAGGCCCACGUUGGCCAGCAUGAAAAGUGACGUCUCUCAGUCCAAAGACACAAGAUUGAUUCUGUUCAAGAUCCUGGCCCAGUUUGUGAUUCUGGGCUGUACCUGGAUUCUGGGCUUUUAUCAGUCAAACCUUUUCUUUAAGGUCGUCUUCAUUGUUCUCAAUUCCCAGCAGGGAACCUUCCUCUACGUCGUCCACUGUCUGCUCAACAAGGAGGUUAGAGAGGAGUACAUAAAAUGGCUGACCUGCUCCUUCAAGUCUAGCGAAGGCGGAUCUGUGAAAGAUGUGCCGUCGGUCUCUGAGGACUUGGACAAAGCUGAGGAGCGGAAAGUCCAGUGAGGACGAACUGAGCGUGGAAACACAGAGACGAACGCUCAGUGUGCUUAGAUGUGGUGUGAUUUACAUUCUUUGACAUUAAAUGACAUUAAAUGUGAAUCUGUUCCUUCAGAUUGUGGCUGUUAUUUAAUGUGUCAUUUAGUUUUGAAGGAUGGAAAUUACACAGAAAGCUUUUGGCUUCGUCGUCUACGUCUACUAGCUUCCAUACAGUUUGUGUCUAUAGCUGAAUUAACUUUAUUUUUCCUUUAUGACAGUUCUUGCAUGACAUACACAGUAUUUUGUGAACUCAUUUGUAUGUUGUGUGUGUGUGUUUUGCUUCUUUUGUUAUCGUGAGAUGUUUAUUGUAAUGUUAGCUCGGCACUGUAUCAUCUAGUGAAGCUGUUGGAUCGAUGAUAUUGUAUUUAUGCAUGAACAUGAUGGAAGAUAUUUAUGACAGGACGUCGGAAAUGGAGCUGAAACUGGCUUUGCUGAAUUAAACUUGUUCUCAAUUGUUCAUAAUACGUUGUUGUGAAUGGUUUAGACCGCUGACAUUAUAACAGAUCCAAUCACGUUAUGGCAUCAGCUUCAUCUGGCUGAAUCAGCCACAGACAUACUCCAUGUGUCUGUUGGUUCUAUGUGCAGGGCCUGCAGGUACGAGGCCAAUUAGGUCAAAAGCAGACCACCCUUCAUCAGUGUUAGACUAAAAUUACAGUCAUAAUAAGUCACUUAAUUUACCUCUUCGUACAGAAGGUUUUGUCUCCAUAUUUAAAAUAGGGUUCUCGUUGUGGUACUGUACCUGAUUCACUUGUGCAGUAGAGAAGCUCUCGACUUUUCUGGGACUAGAUUUGCAUUGUUUUUUUGCAUGCACACCAAACCUUUUCAAACAGUUUUUGGAUGCUGUGCAAAUCUUUAAACCCAGUCAGGACGGAAUAUUGGUUGAACAUGAGGAAACAUUUGCCUUGUUCUUCCUCCUUUCUCUUAAUUAUUUUUGUAAAACUGAUAAACACUUUAUUAAGUUGAAUAUAAAAGCUCCAUGCUGUCAAAUGGAAAUGUUUAAAUUAAAGAAAAAUAAAAUACAUGACACAAGAACUCUAACUAACCAACAAACUAAUUAUUAUUUGACUUCUAUGACCAACAUAAACUAAAAUUAAAUCCUGUUUGCUCGUUGAUGAAUGAUGAAUAAACGCUGGUUUACUAGAUCUUGGCGUCACAGGUUCUCGCACACAUCUGCAGCAGAGGUGCUCUGCUUCUGCAUCUCCCCUUGAAGCGGAUUUGCAUUGUUGUGUUUGCACACAUCAAAGCUUUUGCGACAGU